AUGCCUGGGUGGCACAGAUGGUUCAACCCGCUCUAUAACGGGACAGUCGUCACGUAUGCUCCGCUUGUUGCGCUGUCAGAGCAGGCCAUGUUUGACUACAUCCUUGGUAACAAUGAUCGUUUCCCCAACAAGAACUCCUUUGCUGUGAUUGGGGGCUGCCAAUGUGGGGGACAAGACGAUGUUAACUUAGGUUGCAGUGGAGGUGGUAAUAACAAGGGGGCCAGAGCGUUUCCAACCAUCCUUCACUUGGAUCACGGCAUGGCAUUUAAAGAACCAGCUGCAGCGCUGGUGAACAAUCCACUGGCGAAGCUUGGGGAGAGACAGACACUCUGCAUGUUCUACAAACCCUUACUCUGGCGUUUGUGGAGCAUUGAAAAACAACUAACUCAGCGCCACACAGGUGACGUGACGGGCGCUGACUGGAGUCCAUGUGUGGAGAAAGGGGAGGUGGACCGAAAAGAGUUGUGGGUGAACUUUCUGAUGGCACACGUUUCGCGUGUCAUUCGCCGUGUGGUUGGCCACGCCGCCUUUCAGGCAAGUGGGAGGCGAAUGCUUCGUCUCUUGCAACGAGCCAAUGCGUGUCUUGCCGUAUACCCCGCAAAAGUGGUUUUGUUGCCUUGA